GACAUCUGACAUUUAAAUCUUUGAUGUCAUUUUACAACUUUCUGAGUCGGCGUUUUGUAAUCUUUCUAUAAUUUUUGAGAUAUCAAGGUUUAUUUUAAAGUCAAUUAUGAAUUCAUUAAUACGCAAAGAAGUGCUCUCUCUACGUGCACUUGCGAGUAUAAGAAUGUAUUCUGGUGAACCUGGAUCAGGUGCUGGAAAAGGUGGUGGUGGUGGUGGAUCCAUCCGUGAAGCUGGUGGUUCCUUUGGCAAGAUGGAAGCCGCCAGAGAAGAUCAAUACUUUUAUAACAAGCAAAAAGAACAACUGUUAAACCUGAAAGGCCACAUGGAAAAGGAGAUUGCUUUUCAUCAAGAGCAAAUCAAACGCCAUGAAGAUGCAAUCCGACGCCAUAAGCAAACUCUAUCAAGUGUUGGCGGACAGGAGUGAAUUUCAUUUAAAUGUCAUACGCAGAACAGGGCUUGUUCUGCGAAUAAGUAAAGUUUUAAGUGCUUAAAAGGUAUAAUAACUAGAAAGAAAUUUCUGUUACUAUACUGGUUUUUGGCUUUUAUUUUAAUUAGUUUGUUGAAGGAAAGAAAUAUAUAUCUUAAUGUAGA